GCUGGAGACGGACUGGACCUGCUCGAACAUUUAGUAUUUAUAUUUAUUUAAUACAAGUGCCUGCUCCUUUCUUGAGAUGUGGCGCAGGCUGUCGCUGCUGAUGGUCUGCUGUGCUGUCGGGGGACUCGGAGCUCUGGAGGCGGACAGCGGCGCGGAGCCCUCGCGGGAGACGAUGCCGGUGACCGAAGCGGCGGAGCAGGGCGAACCGGACAAGGAUGCCCUCCGCGCGGCUAAAGAACGGGAGCGUCUGCGGGGAGGGGAGCAGCGGUCCCCGGGGAGGGACGCUCCUGCGGUGGGUGCGGAGGGGAGAGCGCCUCUGGACGAGGAGCUGGAUAACCAAGAGAAUAUCAUUAGCCAGCUGCUGGGCGACUACGACAAAGUGAAGACGGUGUCUUCGGGGUCCGACUGCUUGUGCCGCUGUGUCGUCCGGCCAAUGAAACGCUCCGACUGCAGCCGCGUCCAUGACAGCGACCCGUCGUCUGACCCAUCCCAGGACUCCUACACCGUGGAGACGGUCACCAAGGGGACGGACUGCAAGACGUGUGUGUGCAUGGCUCCGCCUUCCGCUGUCAACCCCUGUGAGGGAGAGUACCGGUUUAAGAAGCUCCAGGAGGCUGGCAAAGAUGACAUUAAGCUGGCGACUAUCAUCGACUUGUUGGAGGGCUCUCUGUACGGAAUGGACUUGUUAAAGCUCCACUCGGUCACCACAAAGCUGCUCACCAGGGUGGACAACAUGGAGAAGGCUGCCCGUAAUUUUACUGCGAGAACAAGAGAGAAAGAACGCGUGAAGGAAAGACCAAAAGAAAAGGAGAAGGAGAGGAAGGCCCAGCAAAAAAAAAAGAAAGGGAAUGAUUUGGAGCGCGCAGGACUGAAAAGUGGAGCCGCUGCCUACGGCAACAAGCAGAAGAGUUCUGUUGGUCCGCUGAAGAAUGACCAACAGCGAGAUGGACUGGAGCAGCAGCCAACCAGGAACAAGACGGGGACUCAAAAGCCAAUCAAAGACAAGACCGAGCCAAAGCAACCUUUCACAGACAAGAACGGCAUGGUCAUCAGGGGCGUGACCUUUUACAAGGCGGAGGGAGAGAGCUACGAAGAGGAGGACAAGAAAGGGAAAGGAAAAAGAACUGGAACAGCAAAUGCUUCAGUGGACUUACUGAUUCACAAGUCACUCCCACCUACUAAGACUUCCCCCAUCAAGAGUCCAGGACCUUCAACCAACGUUAGCGCACAGCUAGACUUUGAGGAACUAUCAAGGAGACUGAGCAGACCUACACCCACCCAGCAACCAACUGCUCCCCUGACCACCACCCAACAAACCACAACUACAACCAAACCAGUUCCCACCACCAUCACACUAAAGAAUAAAUCGACUACUAACUUACCACCGACAACUUCAAAACCAACGACGAUCAAACUGACAACCACCACCCAACGAACCACAACUACAACCAAACCAGUUCCCAGCACCAUCAAGCUAACGACUGAAUUAACCACGAACAUCCCACAAACGGCUCCAAAACGAAUGGCAACCAAACCGACAGCUACUUCUACACAAACUUCAACUACUAUUCGGGAUACCCCGCAUGUCAAUCAGCAUACCACCUCACUCUCAGAUACCAGUACAGGUCCACCCAUUAAUAAGUCCUCCAUGGCAGACACUCAGCCGGGAUCCAAAAGUCGACUUAGCUGGACGGAGAGCCCCGCUGACCAACCAAAAACCACAAAGAAGCCUGCAGUGUGUAAGGACACAGUAGCCAGCAUCUCUGAACCAGUUCAGCGGAACUCUUACGGCUUGAGUGACGGAGCCUGGAUGAGAGAUGGUCGCGGUCAUGGCAACGUCAUCUACCUUACUAAUGGACACUAUGGCAACACCCUCUUAGAGUUCCGAGACAUGGACACCUUCAAAUCAGGUCAGGCAAGUAAUUCAUACAAGCUGCCCUACAGCUUCACUGGAACCGGCCACGUCGUGUUCAAUGGAGCUUUCUACUACAACCGUGCCUUCAGCAGGGACGUCAUCAGAUAUGACCUGAGACACAGAUAUGUAGCUGCCUGGACCACACUGCAUGAUGCUAUACUGGAGGAGCAAGCUCACAGGACACAAACGGAAUUGGAGUUUGCGGUUGAUGAGUCUGGCCUGUGGCUGCUCUACCCCGCUCUGGACACGGAGGGCUUCCACCAGGAAGUAACCCUCCUCAUCCACCUCCACCACCGAGACCUGCAGCCGAUACAGAGCUUCCGAACGGGGCUUCGGCGCGGCCGCUACGGGAACAGCUUCCUGGUGUGCGGCGUGCUCUACGCAGUGAACAGCAUGGAGCACCGCUACGCCAACGUCACCUACGCCUUCGACACACACACGCUCACGCACACCAUGCCGAGCUUGGCAUUCACGAACGUGCACGCGCACACCUCCCAGCUGGCCUACUGCCCACUCGACAAGAAACUGUAUGCAUGGGACAAUGGACAUCAGAUGACGUACGAUGUCGUCUUCGCUUACUAGCGCAACGGAUGGAGACAUCGCUGAAGGAGUCAACAGCUAUUGGGCAUAUCCAGCAAACAGCUGAGGACAGGAGGAAUAGUAGUAAAGGAGAAAAUGACUGGAUCAGUCAAACUGAAGGUGUUUUUAUGUUGACCUGCUGCUUUUUUAUACACAACAAAGUCAUUAUCAAUCAGCAAAAGCAGCACUUAACGGAAGAUAUAUUGAUAUUUGGAAAAAGACAAAACCCCAGGAGUCAUAUGAAUGUUUGUAAAUAAAUGUAUUCACAUAUUUAUCUAUUUCCUCAAAUGGAUAGCUUGCUCUGGUUUAAAAACUAUGCAUUCCUGACCUCUGCAUAUUUAGACCAGCUGUCCCCCUCCAUAUGAACACAGAUGCUUCUGAAAACAUUCAAUAAUCCCAUUCUUCAAGAGCACGAGCUUCCAGCAUUCGAGUUUGUGAGGUUUUUUGUCUAAGACUACAAUGUAUGGCCAUGUGUUGAUUUUUUGUUUAGCUCAAGUUGAAAACAAAAAAUAACCAUAAAUUAACAACUUCCAUGCUCACAUGGUGCUGUGAAGUUAGAAAGACUUGGGCAUUGACCAGGCAGGAUGAAAAGAUGCUAUCGGUUGCGUUGUGGGAUAUGUAGAAUCCAGUGUUUUGGGGGCUAAAAGUCAGGGACUGAGUGUCACUUUCCACUUGUUAAAUGCAGUGAAACAUACGAUUUAUAUUUGUUAAUGUUAUAUGCAUACAGUGUCUUUUCAAAAUAAACUUCCAACGAAGGUGUACUUAGUUUUUAGGUUUACUUGCACAUCGGAAAAGAUUGUGGUUUGGGUUAAGAUAAUAAUACAUUUGUUACAUAAAUUAAGUACAUUGUUACGUAACUGGUGUUGGCAAAGUGACGUGACAAAACAGGUCAAAUAAGUCCAUUUUGUUUCACACGAACACUGAUAGUGGCCUCCUGGGUGAAAGUCCUGUGGUUGUUUGGGGACUUUCUCUUUAAACUACAUUGUCUAAUAAUAAGGCAGAUGGGUUUACAUCAGAGUUAGUUGAAAGCCCUGUGGGUCUCGUAUAGAGGCGGAAGGUUACUGACCAAGUGUUUUAACGAGUUGGGGUUGUUUCAGACGGCCAUGAAAGAACCCUGAACUCAGCAGCCCAUUUUUGUGUAUGUUUAAAGUUUGUACUGUAUGUUUUUUCUAUUGUAUCUCUGCUCAGCGUGUUGCAUAUUUACCCUCACUCCUGUCCAGUAAAAAGGUUUGAGUAGAGCUGGGAACAGGGUGGAAGCUGGUAUUGUUAUCGCUCCAUCUACCAUUGACGUUCAUUCAUUUAAAACCAUUUUCAAACAUUGCUUGUUAAAGGAAAUCUCAAGACAAGGUUGAUUUAAACUGCUUUACCACAAGUUUGCCUCUUUGUUUUGUUAAUUUAUAAUAAACUUUUUAACAAAAAGAUG